AUAGUUAACCAUCGUAUCUAAUAAAGUUAUAAACAUGGCUGCGCCCUUAGAUAAACUUUUUACACGUGAAUUAGAGCGUAAUGACGAUGAGAUAGUGAAAAUAAGCCAGUCAGAAAUCGGCGAUGUCGGUUGUGUGGUCUGGGAUGCAGCUAUCGUUCUCAGUAAAUAUUUAGAAACACAUGACUUUGACGGUGGCAAAUCGUGGAUGGGAAAGAAAGUCGUCGAACUAGGUGCAGGGACGGGUGUUGUAGGAUUGUUUGCAGCAAGUUAUGGAGCGGAUGUGAUCAUCACAGAUUUACCCGAGUUUGUUCCUCUGAUGGAAUUGAAUAUCAAGGAGAAUACUCACAUCAUCAGCGGAUCAGCUGAGGCAUGUACUCUGACGUGGGGUCAAGACAAGUCAACAAAGUUUGACCACAUUGAUUUCAUCAUCAUUGCAGAUUGCAUUUAUUACGAAGAGUCCCUGGAGCCCCUGGUGUCAACUAUCACUGAGCUGAGUGACAUGGAAACUACAGUGUUGUGUUGCUAUGAGCAGAGGGACACUGGCAAUAAGCCAGAGCUGGAGAAAAAAUUCUUCCAGCUGAUCAGGGAAUCAUUUGAUGUGUCAAAGAUCCCUCAAGAAAACCAAGAUCUUCAUUUCCGAAGUGAGGACAUUCACAUCCUCAAGUUCACCAAGAAGCAGAUUGCUGAUGCAACAUGAUGUCCUGGCAGAGAGAAAACAAGGUAUCCAUGCUACUAGGACGAUACAGGAGGAUGUCAGGAAGAAUGACCUUCUAUUCUGAUUAUGAUGGUCAGUGCUGAUCUCCUAACCUACAACUCAAACACGCUGUUGGUGUGCAAAGGAAACAAUACAUGCAUGUUCGACUCUGACAUUGACAAGAGGAAAGCUGCUCAUUGGCAUUAGAAUAUGAACAUGCUGAUGUUCUUGACAUUCUAAACCAUCAUCUGUGAACCAUUCCAGCACACCCCUGUGCGGACCUGGAAUAGGAUCUGUCCCCAACACUCUAUUGAAUUGAACAAGGCAAUACAAUUUGAUUUGGCGGUCAGACCCAAUGACUUGGUUGAUUGUGUGUCAUUACAUCCCAAAAGUAUAUGUUGUUCAUGAUGUCUACCACUAUUUUACCUGGUUGGGACUGAUUGUUUGCAGGUGGUUGUGACAAAGCUGGUGUUUUGCUGACUACCAUAAAAGAUUAAAUAACGCCAGCACAAGAAUGAUUUAUAUAUAGAUGUCUGCCUAGUCAAAAUUCAUGAAAGGGAGAUAACUUUAGUGUGAAAGUGUUGCAAAGAUUGCACUUUUUGAUAAUGACCUCAUGGUUGGUGGGUGACCAACUGGUUUAUGGUGCAGCAAUUCAAGAGUUGUGUCCCUUGCCUGUGGCAGGAAUUGCUUGUCAUUGGUUUGAAUCCAGAUUUACCCUAAUAUAUUAUAAUCCUUGGUUUUAGUACCAUAAACUGCCUCCGUGGUCUAGCAGUAGAGCAUCCGCCCAGAGAGCGGAAGGUCCAGGAUU